CCUCGCACAGAUCUGUACACUGUACUCAAAGUCUCCCGCAACGCUACGACCGACGAUAUCAAGAAGGCGUACCGCGCUCUGAGCCUGAAGUGGCACCCUGAUCGCUGCAAGAGUGAGGAUCGCGCAAAGGCCACGAAGAAAAUGGCCGAGAUCAACCAGGCCAAAGAGGUCUUGUGCGACAUGGGAAAGCGAGAGUACUAUGAUCGUUUCGGGUUG